CCAGUAGUCCUCCUCCUGUCAGCACCAUGCUCCCCGGCCUGCAGCGCCCCCUGCUGGCCGCUCUCCUCUACCUGCUGCCCGGCGGACUGAGCCGCCUGCCGGGAUACAGCAACGGUUUCCACUACCAGGACAUCAGCAACGGCAACGGCAACGGAGAGAUUUAUUUUAACGGGGUCCGUCUCCACGUGGAGUCCCCGCAGCACUCGGUGUCGGCCACCAGGGGGAGCAGCGUCACGCUGCCCUGCCACUACCACUACGAGCCGGAGCUGAACACGCCGCGCAGGACCCGGGUCAAGUGGUCCUGGCUGCCCGCCAACACCGCCACGGCCCCCGUCACCCCCGAGGCCAUCGCCAGGGAGACCGAGGUCAUGGUCGCCAUGGGCAACCGCCACCGCAGCUACGGCAGCUUCCGGGGCCGCGUGCGCCUGAGACGCUCGGUGCCGGGCGACAUGAGCCUGGUGAUCAACGAGCUGCAGCUCAACGACACGGGACGCUACAGGUGUGAGGUCAUCGACGGGCUGGAGGACGACAGCGUGACGGUGGAGCUGGAGCUCCGGGGCGUGGUGUUCCCGUACUUCUCCCAGAAAGGACGCUACCACUUUAACUUCUUCGGGGCCCAGCAGGCGUGCCAGGACCAGGACGCCACCCUGGCGACCUUCGAGCAGCUCUACGCGGCGUGGGAGGAGGGGCUGGACUGGUGCAACGCCGGCUGGUUGGCCGACGGGACGGUGCAGUAUCCAAUCACGGCGCCGCGGGACGGCUGCGGCGGCGUGGACUUGGCUCCCGGUCUGCGCAGCUACGGACAACGCCACCGCCUCCUCCACAGCUACGACGCUUUCUGCUUCUCCGCCUCCGUCAAGGGGACCGUGUACUUCCUGAAGCAGCGGACCCGGCUGAACUUCACGGAGGCGGUCCAGGCGUGCUCCAGAGACGGGAGUCAGAUCUCCAGGGUGGGCCAGAUGUUCACGGCCUGGAAGCUGACGGGUUUGGACCGCUGUGACGCCGGCUGGCUGGCCGACGGCAGCGUGCGCUACCCCAUCACCAAGCCGCGGGAUAACUGCGGCCCGCCGGAGCCCGGCGUCCGCAGCUUCGGGUUCCCGCCUCCCUACCUGAAGUUUGGCGUCUACUGCUACCGGUAGACGCUUCGAUACUCAAACGAACUCUUUCUAACGGCUCCAGAGGUUAGUGAGAGCUGCAGCCUGGAGCCACAUCAGCUGUUGGUUCAUUUCUGACUGUAACUGAUCUAACUUUACUACCAGUCAACAACUGUUUAGAUAUCUGCACCCAUUUGUUCUCAAAGGACCAGAGUGUGAAUUUAGGGCAGGCAGGUCCAAACUAUUCCAUUAACCCUUUGAUGUACAACAUAUAAACACCUUCUAAAGCACAACAUUGGUCAAAAUUGACCUUCUGCAAUAGAAGCGGAAAAUUCAGAAAUGAAUAAAUUAAAACAAAAAAUUAGGAUGUAUGUUGAUCAAAAACCUGGAAUACUGACUGAUGAAAUUAAUUUAUUGCAAAGAAUUGCAUAGAAUAUAAAAAUGUAGUCGGGUCACUUUAGACCAUGUUGUGCAUCAAAGGGUUAAGGGUCGUGUGGCUGCAGAUCUUUGUUCCAACCAAUCAUCAAUCUUGAGAUCAGCUGAUUAAAGGACUCGUGCCUGUUGGGAGUAAAACCUGCAGCCACACGGCCCUUUAUGGAAACGUUCAGAUAUGCCUGAUUUAGGAGAUCUGUUGUCAGAAAUGGAACAUAACAUUCAUACUUAUAUUUUCAUAGAUACAAUAACCUGAAACUGAGGGCGUUUUCACACCUGAAAGUCCGA